CAAAGGAAAGCAAGCAUAUAACCAGAUCAGCCCAAAAGUUUGAGAAGCUACAGACUUGUAGCAGCAUUGUUUGGCUAUAAAAUUGGCAUAGCUGCAAGGCAGUUGUUGGUACCUCACAAUCCCUGCAUGUCUUGAAUAUUUAUUCGAAUCGAUCGCCGAAACAGUAAGAAAGAAAUCUUUGUACUGCGUGCCAACUUUAAUGCCUACGAGAUCGUUGGCUCUCUGGUUUAUAUAGGUAAUAGCAGCAACUUUGUUUUCUUCUUUGUAGCAUGAAAGAUAAGUAUCAUAACACGAUGGGUUUCGGGUGGUGGCGAUUGGUUGGUGCUGCUCUUGCUGGAAUUCUGUUCUUUCAUGGCCUUUGUCUCUCCGAAAAAGCUCCAAAUUACAGUUUCACGCAUGAAGCAACCUCGGCUCCAGAAGUCUCCUACUACGACUACAUCAUCGUCGGAGGCGGCACCGCCGGCUGCCCCUUGGCAGCCACUCUCUCCCAAAACUACACCGUCUUACUCCUAGAACGAGGCGGUUCGCCCUACGGCAACCCUAACAUCACCGACUUAGCAGCUUUCGGAGCAGCACUCUCCGACCUCUCUCCCAAAUCCCCUUCUCAACGCUUCAUCUCCGAAGACGGAGUCAUCAACGCACGCGCGCGUGUACUCGGCGGGGGAAGCUGCAUAAACGCCGGCUUCUACUCGCGGGCUGCCACCGACUAUGUGAGCAAAGCCGGGUGGGACGGCCAGCUGGUGAACGAGUCGUACCGGUGGGUAGAAAACAAGGUGGCGUUCUUGCCGCCAGUUCGACAGUGGCAAUCGGCGGUGAGGGAUGGGUUGCUGGAAGCUGGGGUGGUGCCGAACAAUGGGUUCACUUAUGAUCAUAUUAAUGGGACUAAGGUUGGUGGUACCAUUUUUGAUCGGGAUGGGCAUCGACAUACGGCUGCUGACUUGCUUGAGUAUGCAAACCCUAGUGGGAUUACAGUUCUUCUUCAUGCUUCUGUUCAUAAGAUCUUGUUCAGAAUCAAAGGCAAAUCAAGGCCAUUAGCCCAUGGAGUCACCUUCAGAGAUGCAUUAGGAAUGAAGCACAGAGCAUACUUGAAGAUCGGAUCCAAGAAUGAGAUCAUUGUAUCUUCUGGUGCACUUGCAAGCCCACAACUUUUGAUGUUGAGUGGUGUUGGCCCAUCACAACACCUAAAGGCCCACAAUAUCACAGUGGUGCUGGACCAGCCCUUGGUUGGUCAAGGCAUGUCGGACAACUCCAUGAAUGCCAUCUUUGUUCCUUCUCCGGUUCCAGUCGAGGUCUCUCUCAUUCAAGUUGUCGGUAUCACUAGCUUCGGAAGCUACAUCGAGGCUUCCAGUGGAGAAAACUUCGCCGGAACAGCUCCUCCAUCUCCUGGGAGAGACUUUGGAAUGUUCUCUCCUAAGAUUGGGCAGCUCUCAACAUUACCACCAAAACAAAGAACUCCAGAAGCCAUAGCCAAAGCUGUUGAAGCCAUGAGUGCCCUUGAUGAUGCAGCUUUCAGAGGAGGAUUCAUUUUAGAGAAGAUCAUGGGACCUCUCUCCACCGGCCAUCUACAGCUCCAAAAUCGCAAUCCCAACGAUAAUCCAUCAGUCACUUUCAAUUACUUCAAAGAGCCCGAGGACUUGCAAAGAUGUGUGAAUGGUAUCAAAGUCAUUGAGACCAUAAUCGAAUCGAAGUCAUUCUCCCAAUUUAGAUAUGACUCUCUCUCUCUGCCAGCCCUUCUCAACAUGACUGCGAGUUUUCCGGUGAACUUGUUGCCUAAACACAAUAAUGCUUCAACGUCAUUGGAGCAGUUUUGUAAGGACACAGUGAUGACCAUAUGGCAUUACCAUGGAGGGUGCCAGGUUGGUAGGGUGGUUGAUCAUGAUUAUAAAGUUCUUGGAGUCGAUGCUCUUCGGGUUAUCGAUGGAUCGACAUUUAAUUACUCUCCGGGAACUAAUCCUCAAGCCACAGUUAUGAUGCUUGGAAGGUACAUGGGGGUUAGAAUACUGAGUGAAAGACUUGCAAAUGAUAAACCAAAGUGAUGAACACCUGUUAUAUAAUUUGUUUAGGGGGAUAAAGGCAGAUAUCAACAUGUAUGAGUCAGUAAUAGUUUUGAGUUUGGUUGUUUAUAAUAAUAAAACCUAAGUAUGUUGUUCAAGAUUUUUAUUAUAGGCUUUGAUUCACAAUCUUGUUUGUUCAACGUGUUUUUUUUUUUCUUGAAUUAUUAUGGUUGCUGGACUAGUUCAUACCAAAUAUCAGUCUCAAUCCUUGCUGUAAAUUAUACGUUUGCUUGGGACUUAGAUGAUGAGUAGCACGUGUCUUCGAGAUGCUUUAUUUAGGAUUGCAACAUAUACAAGUUAAGUUGUACCAUUAAUUCAGUGUGAAAUAAAAAACAAGAAAGUCAUUCUAGAAUUGUGAAUGUAGACCAGUUGUCAAACUAUAAAAAUUCUUAUGUUCUUGUAUUAUUUUAUUUCAUAUAUUGUUUUAUUGCAC